AUGGUGGAUAUCCCGGGAUUGAGACGAUCUGAUAGACUCAAACAUUCUAAGAAAGUUGAUUACAAUAAGUCCACUGUCGCUCGCUAUGUGCACGAGCCCGAGCAUGAGCCCAAGCCUGAGCCCAAUCAUGGGAAACGGAAAAGAGAUGUAACAGACGACGGAGACGAGUGUGCUUUGUCGCGAGAAGACACGCCCGUGGAUGCCACUCCAAAACGGAGAGUGAAACGCAAGGUCUGCAUCAAGGAGGAUGCACGACAGCGAGCGGUCAAGAAGUCUCAGAACGAAGGUGCCUGCAUCAUAUCGGGUUUCAAGGACAAAUCCAUUCAACAUUGUCAUGUGUUACCACGGGCCACAAAGCCGCAUGUGCUCACGCCUCUGGAGUGGUGGUGGGGCAUUGAAGGAGGGCUUAAUGUAGAUUCCAGCCACAAUGCGGCUUUUCUUCGUGCUGAUCUGCAUGUAUUGUGGGAUCGUGGAGACAUUGUGGUCAUGCCAAUGCCUGGCGUGACGAAGGAAUAUCUGCGCAAAUGGGAGGAUGGUGGUAGGCACAAGGUUCUGGAAGCUAUCGAUGAAAACAAGAUCCACGAGUACUGGGUGACCCCUCACCCAGACCUUGUGGCCGGUGCACGUCCUCCUCCAGACAACUCUCCGAUCCGUCAAGAGUUUAGCUACAGAUUUGACAAGGUUGGGAUCAUCCGGUCCCAUGCUAAGCCGCACUUCAUGGUAUUGAACGCGGCCAUGAAGUUCAAGGAGGACAAAGAGAUUUGGGUGAAGGCGCUGACGGCAUUCUGCAAGAGACUGAAUCUCGAAGUCAAUGCAUCCGGCGUUGUGGAGGACGUCCUGACAUUGUCUGGCUUGUGGACUACGCCACCACCCCGGAAGGCACAGCUGAAAAUGAAGCAGGAAGCACCUAAGUCAUCUUCCGGUAAUGAUUCCAACACGCGAACCAAUGACCCCCCAACGCCCCAAAUAGGUUUGAAUCAAGACACAAGCUCCAAGUUGAAUGCCCACAAGCCCGAAGGCGAGCCAUGUGUUAGCAAUCUGAAAUCAGAUGCCGCCCAGUUGGCGCUUACUGGGUCACGGUGCCUGUUGAGCCUUCAAGAUGACAAGUCAAUCCAAUGUUGGCAUGUCGUUGCACGGAGCACCAAAAGCGAUACUUGUAGGCUACUGGCAGCAUGGUGGGGGUUGGUGGAUUUCGACAUCAAUUCGCACUUCAAUAUUUUACUGCUACGAGCCGAUAUUCACUGCUUGUGGGACAAGGGGCAUCUCAUGUUCGUGCCCGAGCCUCAAAUUAUUGAUGAUUAUCUCGAACAAGAUAUUGUACCCAUAGAUGGGGGCUUGACUGGUAUCUUGCUCACGAUGCUAUUCAGCCCCUCGACGAACUAUUUGAAGUCUCCAAUGCGCCCCUCUAUAGAUACUGUGUCGUUGCUCAUUGCGACCUUCUCGUGA